AUGGGGAAGGGCAAGCGGCGUAAGUGUAACAAGGUCAAGGCCAGGGCCAAUCAGAGGAGCGAGCUGCCCGCCGGGCCGACGAGCGUAAACGACCUCCCCGACGAGCUCCUCGAUGCGGUCCUCCUCAGCAUCGUCUCUUCGCUCCACCUCAUCCGUGCUGCGGCCACGUGCAGGCGCUGGCGCCGCGCCAUUGCCGACGCGGGCUUCCUGGCUCGCUCCCGCGCCCUGCACGGCGCGCCGCCCGUCGCCGGCCGCUACUACGUCACGGACAGGCUACCUCCGAACGCGACGGGACGGUGGGGCCGGCCGGCGAAGAAACCGGCAGCCUUUCUGCCCUCAUCGCCGGCUGUCGUCGACGCGGGCCACUUCUCCCUCGACUUCCUAUACGUUCCGCCGGUCGACGGUGAUAGCGCACGCACCAUGUACUACAACUGUUCCAGCCGUAUACGGCAUAGCCGGAGCAGGGAGAUCAUCGACAGCCGCGGCAGCCUCCUCCUCCUGACCAGUGGGCCGUGGUGGGAGUCCAUAGACCCCAGGCGCUGGUCACCUGACUUCAUCGUAUGCGAGCCCGUGACACGGAGAUAUCAGGGCAUCGCGCGCCCGGCCGACCUCAGCCACCUCUGGUACCUCGGCGCCUUUCUGUUCGAUGGCGGCGGGGCCGGCGACGCCAUGUCCAACUUCAGGGUGCUCUCGGUGCUCUAUGAGCGCGGCAGGUCACACUACCAAUUCUGCGCGCCACGGGCGUGCGUGUUUACUCCAGGUAGCGACGGCGGGUGGCGCAUUUGUUGGCACACCAUGGACGACGACGGAGUUGAAGUCCCAGUCCUCCCGAACAUGGAGACGAUUCACUUUGCUGGGCGAACCGCCGGGAAGGUCUACUGGGGGAUGGAGAGCAGCAGCGUGCUCGUGCUCGACGAGAGCACGCUCAAGUUCUCGCUCCUCACGUUCCCGGCGACUAUGCAGUGGCUGUAUCGGAGGACCAGCUUCCGUGUCAUUGGUGGCGUGGAUGGUGGCGACACGAUGCGCGUCGUGCGCAUGGACGGCGAGGACCUCGAGGUCUUCGGUCAGCUCCUGGACUCCGGCGAGCGGGUUAUAGAGAGGAGCAUCAGUCUGAGGGACGCGACCGCGAAACUGGCCGGUUGGCAAUGCUGGUUCUUUCGGCUGCCGGCGAGGAUUGUCACUGCAGGCAAUACGUUUGUGGUACUCACGCCACCGGAGAAAACCUGGCUCUUCUCGAUAGAUCUGGAGACCAUGGAGGUGGAAAAGGAGCACGUCAGGAACCGGCACGUCGGGCCAUCAUACCCGUGCGCGCUGCCAUGGCCUCCUGUUCUGCAAGCCUGCGUAAAUCAUGGCGACGCUACUGCUGGUGUAGGUGCUGGCGCUGCAGCAGCCUGCUCAGGAGGUGGCUGGACCGCUGGGGGCGCCGGAGGUGCCCGGGAUGCCGACUAUACGUUAGACGGAAGUCCUGGGCUGGCGGAGGAGGAGCGGCUGCUGCUGGUGGUGGUGCAGCCACCACAGAUUGAGUAG